AUGCAGGGGUCAACCAAACGUGCCAUGAGGGGCCGGCGACAGCUGUUGAGGCUGGCCGCUGUCUUUGUUCUCGGCUUGUCAUGUUGGCUUUUCUCUUCAAUCUCCGUGGCAGUGCUGUGCUUCAUCCCGAUGCAGUCGCACGCGCCACGCGUCCUGCGACGAGCAGUGCCGGACCUGGGUGAGAAGAGAGGGCCAAAAAUAGACAGCCGCUUCCCGCCCCCAGAAGACGUCUUGAAGUACCGUGGCCCAAAUCCCAAAGUUAGGAGGAACCGGAGGGCGAGCGGCAUUGCGACCGAGCAGCUGUCCCCACCAAAGAAGGGUGGCCUCAUCCCUUCGAGAGGUUCUAGGGUCUACAUACGGCACACUGGCUGGACUGUUCAAGACGCACAGAUGUUUGACAGUUCAUUCCUCCGGACACAAGAGCCAGAGAUGUUCGAAGUCUCAGAGGUUCUGGCAGCCUGGCGUGCAGCGCUGCUGGAGAUGCGGGAGGGCGAGAAGAUGAGGGUUUGGGUUCCGGCGUCCAGGCCGACGCAGCUGGACUGGGGCGUGUACAGCGAGCGAGGGCAAUACCCGUGGGUCUUCGACAUCGAGCUUGUAAAGGUCGAAGAGGAUCCACCUUACUGGCUUCUCGGGCUACUGGUCACUCCCAUCAUUGCUGGGGAGCUGUACAUACGCAUCACAGGGAGAACGCCUGGUGAGGCUCUGAAUGAGAUCAUGUAUGGCGAUUUGGGUACUAUGGGCUAG